AUGUUGCUGUUUUACACUUCUAUUCCCUACCUCGCCCUACCUAUUCUGCACAUCGCUGCUUCAACGUUUGCAGAAAAGCAUAUGACACAGUUUGAAAAAACCACUACCUGGGAUCCGCUGCGAACGAUCAUCCGAGGCUCGCAGCGAGAUGGCAAAGAUGCUAGCCAGGAAAGUUCUGGAAACUCAGAGACUUUUCAUCAACAACUACUUCAAUCGUUUGUAACGGAGCGGUGGUGGGAACAAGGAUCACUUCGAAUUGAAGCGGCUCAAAUGUGUUGA